CGAGCACUAGUGCGGCUCUCCUCUGAUUUAUUUCCUCUCUCCCAGAAGGAAGAGGACGAUAAGAAGAGCGAGAGCGCGCGCUCUCGAGAGCGAGCGAGGGGAGAUUAGGGCGCGAUGGAGGAGGAGAAGGGAUUGAAGCUUUUUGGAGUAAGGAUCGUGGAUGGAGAGAGGUGGAAGGGGGAGCAAGAGAUGGAGACGAGGGAUUUGAAGAGGGAAGCGAUGGAACAGACGAUGACGAAAGGUAUGUUGAAGAGCAAGAGCAUGAUGAAUUUGGGGGCGUGCGGCUCGAACUCAUCGGGGUAUCAUGGAGCCGGCGAUGACGGGUUUCUAUCAGAUGGUGGGUUGUCGAAGUCAUCGAGAAGGAGAGAAGGGCAGGAAAGGAAGCGAGGAGUGCCAUGGACUGAAGAAGAGCAUCGAACAUUUUUAGCUGGACUGGAAAAGCUUGGGAGGGGCGACUGGAGGGGCAUCUCAAGAAACUUUGUGAUCACCCGAACUCCAACCCAGGUAGCCAGCCACGCCCAGAAAUAUUUCCUCAGGCAGAGUAAUCCCAACAAAAAGAAACGGAGAUCCAGCCUCUUUGAUGUGGUUAUCAGCAACAAUGCCAAAAACCCACAGACUACCCCAAUUCCACCAUUACCAUCGAAGAAAUCUGAUGGAACUUUCGAAGAUGCCGAUCAUCUCAGCCAAAACCACCAUUCAUCUGGAUCCCCAUCCUUCACUAUAUUCCAAACGGUAUCUCUCGGUGCAGAAAAUUGCAGCAGCAGCAGCCCAAAUCUCCAUAAAACUAUUCCAACGGAUGUGGGCCACCCCACCUUUACCUUCAUUUCAACAAUUGUUACUCAGGAUCAACCACAACCUGCCAGUUUACUCAAACUAUCUGCAUCUUCAGCCACACCUCAAACUUUGGUUAAUCCUGCAACAACGAGUACUGCCACUAAUGAUUUGGAGCUCAGUAUAGCGCCGCCUCAAUCUCAAAGCAACUUAUCAACAUUGUCUCCAGGCACCAUUCGAGUGGUCUAAUUGUUUUCUAUUCUUUCAUCUGAGAGACAAAGCUUGGAAUUUUUUUUUUUUUUUUUUUUUGGUAAAUGCGGGUAAUGUUUAAUUCCUGCAAACUAUAUAUUUCAUAAGCUAAUGGUAUGUUCUUUAUCUUGUGGGGCUAAGGAAUUAGAGGUGUUGCUAUGGCAUUUUAAGAAAUCUAUAGCUGGGUGGAGAGGUGUCAACUUAAACUAUUGUUUAUAAAAAUUUUUCCGUAAUAUGGUAUAAGAAAAAUGAGUUUAUGAACAUUCA